UUGAAAAUGAACGUCGAUACAGUGAAACGUAUAACAUGCAAUACAUGUCUUAGUUCAGAUCGUGAAAUAACAAUAUUAGACAACAAAUCAGAUUUAUAUCAAAUUUAUCGACUGUUAAUAUCAGAUUACGCUUGUGAUUUGGAUCCAUUAUCUGGACAGAGUCUAAAGGCGUGUUGGGAAUGUAUUGCUAUAUUGAAAAAAUUCAAUAAAUUCAAACAACAAGUCCGAACAGCUCAGAAGCAUCUUCAAGGAAUCAGUGAAUCUAAGGAUACAAACCUUGCAUUAUUUUCUCAGCCUCUAUCAUCUCUGCAGAUAUUAAUUAAGAUAGGAUAUGACAAUGCCUAUGUUGAACAACCUACAAUGCAAACAGAAUGUUCACAAGACAUUACCACAUUAGAGAUAGUAAAGAAUGAACCAGAAGAUAUUGAGAAAGAUACAGAACAUGAAGAGAUAGGUAUUCCAGGCUUGAUAUUAGAUGGUGAAACUUCAGUAUCACAUAUUGAGGUUAAAAUAGAACCUUUAGCAAUGGAAAUAGGACAGAAUGAUUAUAAUGAAUCUGUAAAACCAGGUCCACACACAUUUGGGUAUGAAUUCACUUUUUACACACACACAAUCAACUCACUCCUGACCAAUAUCCUAACGGUUAAGGGUAUGGCCAAUCUUGCCAUAUCGACGCUGGAAAGCCGUCGAUAUCUUGCCAUUCGACUUUUGUCGGAUAGUAAACUAAUACAAGCGUCAAUUUUAUUCAGAAUACCUACUAGAAAUAGUAGUAAUUUGACAAAUGUCAAUUACAGAACAUCUAAAGAACAUAAUCAGACUAAAUUACUGGACAAUGUACUAAUGGUAGAACCUAAACAAGCAACUAUAGUUAAAGAGCAGAAAAAAAAGAAACGUGUUAAAAAUAAAUCAGAUCUAAGAUGUGGAUAUAUAACUGAAUAUAUGAAUGAAGAUGACAUGCUGGCUUUUAGGGAGGAAGCAAAGAAGAAAAUUUACUACUCUGAAGCUGCAUACAAGUGUGAAAAUUGUAUCCUUGGAUUCUAUACGAAGAAUCAUUUAGAGGAACAUUACGAAUGUGCACAUAAACCUAGGGAGGGCACCGCGCCGUGCAAGGUGUGCUACUCGUACGUGGAGGAGGGGCGCGUGUCGCAGCACAUGCAGGGCCACUACGUGCGGCACGUGUGCCUCACAUGCAGGGCCACUACGUGCGGCACGUGUGCCUGUGACGUCACAGUAGUUGCGUGGCUUAGCACAGCUGAGAUAGUUCCCCCGUCGCGUCGCGCAGAGGGAGGGCACCGCGCCGUGCAAGGUGUGCUACUCAGGGAGGGCACCGCGCCGUGCAAGGUGUGCUACUCGUACGUGGAGGAGGGGCGCGUGUCGCAGCACAUGCAGGGCCACUACGUGCGGCACAGGGAGGGCACCGCGCCGUGCAAGGUGUGCUACUCGUACGUGGAGGAGGGGCGCGUGUCGCAGCACAUGCAGGGCCACUACGUGCGGCACAGGGAGGGCACCGCGCCGUGCAAGGUGUGCUACUCGUACGUGGAGGAGGGGCGCGUGUCGCAGCACAUGCAGGGCCACUACGUGCGGCACAGGGAGGGCACCGCGCCGUGCAAGGUGUGCUACUCGUACGUGGAGGAGGGGCGCGUGUCGCAGCACAUGCAGGGCCACUACGUGCGGCACAGGGAGGGCACCGCGCCGUGCAAGGUGUGCUACUCGUACGUGGAGGAGGGGCGCGUGUCGCAGCACAUGCAGGGCCACUACGUGCGGCACAGGGAGGGCACCGCGCCGUGCAAGGUGUGCUACUCGUACGUGGAGGAGGGGCGCGUGUCGCAGCACAUGCAGGGCCACUACGUGCGGCACAGGGAGGGCACCGCGCCGUGCAAGGUGUGCUACUCGUACGUGGAGGAGGGGCGCGUGUCGCAGCACAUGCAGGGCCACUACGUGCGGCACAGGGAGGGCACCGCGCCGUGCAAGGUGUGCUACUCGUACGUGGAGGAGGGGCGCGUGUCGCAGCACAUGCAGGGCCACUACGUGCGGCACAGGGAGGGCACCGCGCCGUGCAAGGUGUGCUACUCGUACGUGGAGGAGGGGCGCGUGUCGCAGCACAUGCAGGGCCACUACGUGCGGCACUUCCCCCGUCGCGUCGCGCAGAGGGAGGGCACCGCGCCGUGCAAGGUGUGCUACUCGUACGUGGAGGAGGGGCGCGUGUCGCAGCACAUGCAGGGCCACUACGUGCGGCACGUGUGCCGGCUCUGCGGACACGCCGAGGCGACCGUGCGUUGCGCACAGCUGCACGCACAGACACAUGUAGAAACCGACAUUGACGCCACUCCUGUCAAGAUUCGACCAAUGAGAAUGCGCAGAAAGAAACAGAACAAAGAAGUACAACAAGUCAAUGAAGAGGCUAAAAUGAUAAGAAAACUAUUGUCAAAGACAAAAUCUGGCUACAAAUGUCUCUACUGUGACAUGCACUUUGAGCACACACGGUAUCGUAAAUCUCACAUGGACAGAUAUCACAGAGAGCGUCUUCAGUGUGACCAUUGUCAGAAGAAAUUCGUUAACAGAACCACAUUGAUAGGACAUUUAAGGUUACACGAAGGUCCCUUACCACGUCAGGAAUGUACAAUCUGUCACAAAAUGGUACGAGUCUUACAAUUUAAAUAUCACUUACAAAGACAUGAGAACAAACAAACAUACGAAUGUAAGGAUUGUAAUAAAGUUUUCUCAACUUUAAUGACUUAUCAAGGACAUUUGAAGUAUUCUAGGGCUCAUGCAUCGGAUCAAAUACUCAAGUUUUCCUGUCCUACUUGUAAUAAGGGUUAUCCCACACAAGAGGCGAUGCAGGAUCAUUUCAACUACCAACAUUUAGGCAAAACAUCGCAUAAAUGUCCUAUCUGUGAUAAGCCCAUAGCAUCUAAGGCGUAUAUAGAAAGGCAUUUAAUGAGGGUACACGGAGAAAAGAAGGAGAAACCAAAGAACCACGUCUGUCAGCAAUGCGGGAAGGGAUUCACUGACAAAAGAUCAUUAACUCAACACGAAGUUAUCCAUUCAGGUGACAGACCUCUGUCAUGUAAUAUAUGUAAGCAGACAUUCAAACAGAAAGCCACCUUAUAUACACAUAGAAAGAGAGUACAUAAUGUAACGCCGGCUAAAAAAGUUGUGGAAUUUAUAAAUGAUGGAACAAAAUUAGAAGAAUCUAGUUGAAAUGGUCAAAAUGUUACCGAUCUAUUGUGAAUUUCGACAGUUUGGAA